GUAAACAUUUACACCCAGUUUGGUAAAAUUUUAAUGCCGAGCUGCUAAUGCACGGCAUUACAAACUUAUGUACCAAUACCACUUGGGCGCAGAGUCAUAAAUGAGUACGGCUUGGGCUUGGUAUUAAUAUUAGUUUUCAUGGUAUUAAUAUUAUUUUAGUACUGGACUCCUAAGAGCACAUAAUUCUUGUAACAUUUCUAUUAAGGGGUGAAGCGAAGCAAAAUCCAUUUAUGUAAAUGCCCUGUCCGUAUCCAGGAUAACUAUAGAACGGAUUCGAAUUUCGAAAUGCGGUUUUCUGUAACGUAUUUGUAAUUUUUGAGGUACGGAUCAGGUCGAAGAUGGGCAUUGUAGGUCAUAAGGUCACGGGGAUGAGACCAAAGAAAAUUGGAAAUAAAUAUGUUUCGAAAAAAAUGGGCCAUCGUUUUGCUGGCAUUUUUCGUACUUAUGGUGGACUCAUCAUAUGCAAAAUCCGAGAUAAAAAAUAAUUCCGUUUCGGAUGUUCGUCAGUCGAAGAAUGCUGCAAGUAUUUGGGAAGAUUUGUGGAAAUGGAAAUUUUCAAUUGGAUUAGCCAUAUUUCUAAUCGUGUCAACUUGGUCGUACGCUUCAAUGACGUUCUCCAAGCAGGCCGUUAUGCUACAAAAAUUUCCAAGUGUAUGGAAAUUUCCAUUUAUCGGAUCAGUGCCCUUUUUGGUGCAUAGACCAGAAGCUUUGCCAUUUGCGCUCAGCCGAGCAAUUGAAACGUUUGGGAGACGUUUCGUACUAUGGAUUGGGAGCAAGCCGUACGUUAUGAUUGUGGACGCUGAAGGGACACAGAAAAUUUUAUCGUCCACGAAAUAUAUUGAGAAAGGGUUGGAUUACAAAAAAGUUAAGUGGUUGCUAGGCGAAGGAUUGGUAACCUCGAAUGGACAUGUCUGGAGAGAAGACAGAAAACUGUUAAGUCCAGCCUUCAAAUAUCAAAGCUUCGACGGAUUCCUGGCCCAUUUCAAUAAUCACAGUAAAAUUCUCACCGAAAUUUUAAGAGACAAACUGACCCCCGGAAAAGGCCAGGACCUUCACCCCUUCCUGUGCGGCGCUACGAUGGACUUCAUCACGGAGUCGGCCCUCGGACAAAGCUCAAAUUAUCAGAGAGAUAUUUCUGGAAAGUUUUUUACAUCCGUAAAAAUGGCACUUGGUUCCUUUCGGACGCGUGUAUUCAAACCGUGGUUGAACCUUCCGAUAAUUUGGGACAUAUUCGGAUUCGGCAAACAAGACAAGAUUUGCGUGGAAUUUUUUGACGACUUUUUAUUACAACUAAUUAACAAAAGGAAAGCGAUUUUGGCCCAGUCUGAAGAAGAAAUUGAAGCUGACGGCAAAACACGACCUUUUAUCGAUUCAAUCAUUAAAACAAAAUCUAAUAAAGACAUUACAGCCCACAUUUUGACGAUUUUUGGCGCUGGGUUCGAAACAACCGCGAGCGGAAUGAACCAUACACUAUUUCUACUCGCAGAAAAUGAGGAAUGUCAAAGAAAGGUUCAUGAAGAAUUGGACGCUGUCCUAAAAACGGGUGGAGACAUAACUUUCGCUGAUUUGGCAGAGCUAAAGUAUUUGGAAAUGUGUAUUAAAGAAUCGCUUCGGGUACUCCCUCCGGUUCCGAUGAUAAUGCGACAUGCUACCGAAGAUAUUCCGUUAGACAACAGCCAAAUAAUUCCUAAAGGGUGCGAGAUGGUAUUCAUCAUCCGAGAAAUACACCGAGACCCACAAUACUUCCCAAAUCCGGAUCAAUUCGAUCCGAAUCGGUUCCUUCCGGAGGCCUGUGUUAACAGAAAUCAAUACGCUUUCAUUCCAUUCUCCGCAGGACCGAGGAACUGUCUGGGAAUGAAAUACGCCAUGAUUCAAAUGAAAACAUGUUUGGCCCACAUUUUGAGAAAUUUCCGCGUUUCCACCACACAGAAACGGAAGGAUAUGAAAAUUGUGUAUGGCAUGGUGCUCGAAGCCAUGCCGCACAUUGAGGUCACCAUUUCCCCCAGAAACUGAAACAUUUAGCAGGAUCCUAAAAAAAUAUGCAGUUAAAUUAAAUUAUUUAAGAUUAAAAUCAAACUGUACUUUAAGCAAAAUUCAGACGAAGUUCAUCCUUAUAUAACUCUAUAGUAUCCAAAUAAAGCAGCAUAAAUGAAAAUGAA